CGUAAAACUGGUAUUCAUAAAAUAGGUACUCGUUGAAUUGGUAUUAAAAUAAUCGCAGAAUUUUAGUUUCACGGCGAUUGCAAUAAAAACUGCAUUAUAUUCUUAUAUUCUCUAUACAAAACAAAGACGACAAUGGGAGCAUAAAUAGAAAGCCUACCCAACUACCCAUAUAAAAUAAUUUGGAUGUGGUAAGCCAAUACAAUUUUGUAAAAAAAAUCCCAUUUUCUACAGCCAUAAAACAUGUUGGGCUGUCGGUCGUCAUUGUUCUUGUACAGGGAAAAAUGAGAUGUUGAUGAGGCCAAAUAAAUGCGAAAUGCGGGUGUGUUUAUAAUUGGCUAAACAAAAAAUAUAUUGCAAGUUUUCUGGAAGUCUCAGUCGAGUUAAUUAAACAUAUGAAAUAAACAGAAGUAUUGCGAAAAUUUAGUUUCUAUACGUGGACGCAAUCAAUAUUCGAUGAUCUAUCCAUGAGGUGAGGGCAUUUUAAUUUCAGCAAUCGAUGGUAACGUACACACACCUAUGAACAAAAUGCCAAAACCUUCUUCAGUCUCGACUGCAUCUUCAACUGCCUCAUCAUCGGCAAUGAACUCGAGCUCCAAACAAACAUUAAAUUCGCCGUCAGACAAUCAGGUCUCAUCAUCAUUCAGCACGACAUCCAGUACGAGUUUCCAACACCCUUUAGCAAAAUAUCAAGGUCAAAAAUGGACGCAAAUUUUCGACAUAGAAAAAGUUCUCAAACAAAUACGUAUGGCCGAAAAAAUCCAUAUCAAAGGCAAACUUGGAACGUCAUACUCGGGUGAAAGUGCUCACAGUAAAAGUUCCAACAAUGGCAACAGUGGCGGUUCGCCGCCCGGCAAAGCGCGAAAAAUGCAAUUGCGCCAAGUACAAAGACUGAGUGGUACAGAUAUGCAUUAUUAUGGAAUUGUACCCAAGCAAACAGCAAUGGGUGUGGUAGUGUGUAAUGUUUGCAUGGGCAUUUAUACGAAAAUGGGAUUUAAUCAGCAUGUCAUGACACAUCAUCCAUCAGUGUGGACCACUAUAUCGGCCAAAUUUACCCCGCCAUCGAACGAGACAAAUUUUGGCACAAAUGACAAUAGCCAGGAUAGUAUUAAAGGUGCUGGUGUUGGUGAGCCAAGCUCUGCCGCAGCUGCACUCAGUGUAGAAAUUACCAACUCCCCUUCAGAUAUAUCGGGGACUAUGUCAACAUGUUCCAAUACUUCGUCGAGUUCCAUAUCUACAACGUCAUCAGCUGCCGUUGCAAAUCACAACACGUCACAUACGACGAGCAGUUCUCGCCAGAAAAGUAGUUCCAAAACGGGGAGUGCUUCUGGAGGUGGUGGACGCUCCCGAAGUAAAAGCAAACAUCAUGGGUCUUCUUCAGCUGCGGGAACAGCAACAACAACAUCCUCGUCGUCGUCAAAUACCACUGCGGAAAUGUCGAUUAUUACGCCUGCUUCAACAACGGCAACACCGCCAAUGACCACUCCAUCUACACCAACAAAAAAGAGCUCUUCAUCCUCUUCCUCCAAAAAGAGUUCCUCCAGCAGCAAUUCAAGUACGUCAAGUUCCUCAACGAGUACUGCCAGUGGAUGUGCUUCAAUGACGACCGCACCUUCUAAAGAAGCGGUGGAUGCGAAAUUGUUAGCAACCACAAAUGCAACAAGCUUAUCCACCACUUCGUCGACAUCGUCUUCAAAAGCAACGGUGCAAUCGACCCCAAUAGUUUCCACAUCUUUGCCAACGAUGGCGGUAAUAGAAACUUCGCAAACAUCGAAUCGAAAUGCAGCACUUUUCGGCUCAUCUUCUUCUUCGUCAUCAUCUUCGUCGUCGUCAUCUUCAUCAUCAUCUUCAUCAUCCACCUCUUCGAAUUCGUCAUAUUCCUUGCCACCAACCCCCAAAAUGAUGAACGUAAAUAUUCAGGAUUCCCCACAACUAGGCGGCGUAUUGACCAAUAUUACAGAAUCUUCAACAUUUUCGCCGACAGUCCUAGAGAAUAGCAGGGAAAAUUUAGCUUUAAAUGGGAAUUCAGAUAAGAAAAAGGCCAAAAGUCCAUCCAACUUCAACGUCACAGAAAGCAUGGAAGAUAUUGCAUCAGAAGUUGGCAGCGCACCGAAGCCAAUAAACGUGAUUCAAAAUCCACAACAACCCCAACACCAAUACGAGGCGCAAAUAAGUGAACUUGAUCAGGCAGUGUCGUCUAUAACAGGUGGCGCCAGUGGAGUCGCUGUUGGAACAGCUCUUGCAGGAACAUCAGUUGUCAGUGUUGGCAGUGGUGUUACUGCUUCGGACAAAAAAUUGCUUGAUUCCCAAACAAUAGUCGAUCCAAAUGUUAUGGGCAUAAAAUUGGAGAAGAGCGGCAUUGGUGAAUGCGUCAACACCACUAGCCACACACAAGAGGUAAUGCAACAACCACAACUCAAUACUGAUGAUCAUCAAAUGGGCCACAAUACGGACGACAGUGCAAUGUUAAAUCAUGUCUUAGAUGCUAUGUUGGACAGCAAGUUGAUCAAUGAAAUACUAAACGCUGAUACGGAAACUGAAAUUAAUUUCGAGAAUGUCUUGAACGAAGGUACAGCAUCUUUACAUCAGCAACCCCAGACGACGGUGUAUUUGGAACAACCAUUGACUAAACGUAUGCGUUAUGAUGAUGCGGCAGAUAUGAACUCACAGCAACCACAAUUGACAAAUGUUUCUGGCCAAGAGAUCACAGACUUUUCUGUAUUCCCGCAGCAGCAACAACAACAACAACAAGCUCAGCCACAACAGACACAGUACUCUCAAUAUGAUGGAUCUUCAAUGUCAAACACUUUAAGCUUAGACGGUCAACAAUACCACCAAAUGGCCCUCGAUCCUAUGCAAUUACAGAUGUUGUACCAACAACAACAACAACAGACAAUGGACUCUACAGCCUACUCGGGAUCCAUAGUCAAUGCUCUUAAUAUUACAACAGUUCCUCAAACACAGCAACAAAUAUACGACCCCAAUACAGCCAUGGUAGACACAAAACAAAUUCUGGAGUUGUGUUCUAGCGCUGGACAGCGUGAGAACAACGAAUUGGUAAAGACUGGUGAAUUUGUGACCAUACCCGAAGAUGUUUCGCAGCAAUUUCAACUUUUUAAUGUUCCUUCACUUACGGACGACAUGGACACCCACACACCCCCGCAACAAACUCAAGUUACACAAUAUGUAAUGCCGGCUGGCCAAGGUGAUGAAGAACAACUUAUCUAUGCCAUAACAACAAAUAGUUCAGAGGCCAAUAUGAGCCAACAGCAUCAACAGCAGGUUCUAGCUGAAUUUCUUAAUCAAGCAGCCUCUAGUUAUGAACAGCAGCAGCAAUUUCAACAACAAAAAAUUACACCAAUUCAUCAAACAAGUGAGACAUUAUUCGAAGAUCUUAUGGAGUUCGAUGACUUCCAUCUCAUUGAGACUGUCAAAUCCCUUGGUAGUAGCAGUAGCAGCAGCAGCAGCAGCGGUAGUGGUAAUAGUGUAACAGUAAAGAGCGAACGCGAACAACCAUCGUCUAUGUCAUCGUUUACUACUGUCUCAAUGCCUUCUUCUUCACCGUAUCGAUUCCAUGAAGAUAUGUAUUUCAAUGUGUUCUUCUAUUCAGGUAUACCACGGCCUCUAGCCAUCAAUUGCUUUGGACUUAUAAAACUACCUCAGGAUAUGGCUACUACGUUUCGCAAGCAUUUGCUGACCUCUCGCAAGGCGAAUAAUAGUUUAAUGUCGUUGGGUAGUGGGGCACUAAAUGGUGUCGUCGGACAAAGUUCAUCGUCGUCGGUAGGUGGACGCUUUACACCCAAACAAUUGCCCAGCUAUUUUACCAGUUUGGCAAAUAGCAGUGGCAGUGCCACUAGUUUGGCGAAUGAGUUUUCGAUUGGCAGCAUAACCAUAACAAAUGCUUCAAAUUCCUCGUCAUCCUCACAGCAGGGAAUCAAUAACGGAAAUAUUCAACAACAAGGCAAACAAGGGGGUAUUUCUCCUUUAGAAAACAAUACAACAAAUGGAGGAGGUAUAUCAGCUACCUCGCCAGUUUCCUCCGUCCCUACCAGGGGUCGCACUAAGUCCAGUGGAGGAGGAGCGUCUAGCAACAAUGCAAAUUUUACUAAUAUGUCCUCUACGACAAAUACUAAACACAAACCAUUUGCUACUACGGCCCGUGCCACGAUAGGUUCGCCCUAUAAUUCAAAAACCAUACUCGUUAGCAGCGCUUCCGCCUUCAGCGCAGAAAGAAAUGCUAAAUUUAUUAAGCGCAGUCUCAUAGCAAAAGUACCAGAUCUUUCCACGUUUGUGCCAUCCCAUCACCAACAACAAUUUACGGCCAAGAAAAUAGCGGACAUAAUAAAUGGUAGAACCAAUGCAUCAUCACUUAUCAUCAACAGCAGCCCGGCAGAUGCAAUACUAGAGAUUAACAAUGACUCCGCAUUGUCAGAGAAACAAGCGAGAAUAAACCGAGUGAAUCGUUUCUACGAAAGAAAAAGAAAACUAUUAAAUAUAACCCAACAACAACAACAACACAACAACCGGAGCAACUCAUAUGCAACAUCAUUAGGGGCACAUCAUCUGAGAAGCAGUGUAACCUGCAAUUUCGGCAAACAACCACAACAACAGGCGCAUCAAAAAUUAUUAAAACAACAAUUGAUGCGAAGUUUUUCGGACUGUGGCAUAAUGAAUUCAACAACGAAUACUGUUAACUCUGCAGACUCGAAUGUUAUGCGUGUUUUUGUCUAGGCUCUCCUCCUCUCCUUUAUCGCGACUGAGGUCAGACUUUUUUUCACAUUUCUUAGAAGUUUAAAACUUGAUCGUUGUGAUUACCAGACUGCAAAAAAAUUUAGUACAAUAGCUCAAAAUGUAAAUUUUUUUCCAAUCAAUGACAAUGAAUGAUGUAGUUUAAAAACAUUACGGGAGCAAAUACAAAUAUGAGGUUGCUAACGAAA